ACGGUUCAAGCCUGAUGUGCUUGUCAUGUAGGCAAAGUUAUAUUUUAUAAGCAAUAAAGCACCAAAACCAACACAACAUGGUUAAGACCUACUGGAAUCCGAGAAGGCCAAUCCGGCCAGUGAGUGAGAUGGCCGAGAAGAAUAUCUUUCACAGGUCCUUUACCCCGACCUACGAGCAGGAGGAGCCCCAAAUGGGACUGAUUUUGUCCUGGCACUACGGACGCCAGUGGCUGGAGGAGCGGGACUGCCACGAGAAAAAGACCAAGAAGAUGAUCAAGACGGAAGCCAAUUUCAUUCCACCGGACUACACCAGAUGGCUCGAGAGACGGAAGCGGAGUAAGACGAGGCAACAGCUUCUUCAAUCUUAAAUUUAAUUCACCUCCUAUUGGGGUUUCCAUAUUUUCAUUUUUACAAGAAAGUCUCGAAAUGUGUAAAAAAAAAUUCUGAAGAUAAGCCUU